GGAGGCCGGGAGGAGCCGCCGCCGACGCAUCCGCCGCCGCAGGAGGCGGAGCGCUGCACCUGGCGGCGAGACCGCGACGUUCGGCCCUGAAACGGGUCCAGCCGGGAGCGAGAGACGGAGGCCUGGGCCCCAGGGGGAGGAGAGGAGAAGGUCGCACUAGGGGGUGCGCUUGAUCCGCCGCCGGAUCAGCCCACCCGGCGGCACCCUCCGCCGAGCUCUCCGCGCAGCCCCGCCCGCCGCAGCCCCCAAGGAGAGUGCGACCGGCCGGAGAUGGUGAGCGCCGCCCCGACAGCAGCCGCCCCGGCGCCCCGCGCCGCCGUCCUGCGCCCCGGGGAGAUCGUUCCCUGCACCCCGCGCAGCUGAGCGCCUCUGCCGCCCGCAGCAGAUAAUACAUCAGAAUUUUGACGGUCAUAAACUGUCUGAUGGUGGAGCUAAGCCAUGGCGACAGAUGAUAAAGUUGCCAUCUUAACUGAUGAUGAAGAGGAACAGAAGAGAAAAUAUGUGCUUGCUGAUCCCUUUAAUGGCACUGCCAGGGAACAAGAGCCACCUUCACACGACACUCCCUCUUCCACAGAAACAGCCGCUCUUCCUGAAGAGGAGAUAGACUGGAUCGAGAAGCAUUGUGUUAAAAUAAACAAUGAUCUUCUAAUUUCCAAGGUCUUUUACUUUUUCUUCUACUCUGCCUAUGGCUCUCUCUAUCCGCUUUUGCCUGUGUAUUACAAACAGCUGGGGAUGUCUCCGAGCCAAAGUGGAUUGCUCGUAGGUAUUCGAUACUUCAUUGAAUUCUGCAGUGCCCCUUUUUGGGGUGUAGUUGCAGAUCGCUUUAAAAAAGGCAAAAUUGUCCUCCUCUUUUCACUUUUGUGUUGGGUUUUAUUCAACCUGGGCAUUGGAUUUGUCAAACCUGCCACUCUGAGAUGUGUACCAAAGAUUUCUCCAACAGCUCACCCCACCAAUUCAAGUCACCUGUUAACCACCUUACCAGCAAAUUCUUCCAUGGUCACUCCCAUCACCACAUUACCUAGAAUGCGGGAGAAGAGGGACCUGCUUCCUUCCAAUUGGCCUGUGAUGUCAGAAACAGGGCCCAACACCACAGUAUAUGCCACCAGUGCACCCACUCAGCAGCCUCAGACAGAAGUAGCUACCACCCACUUUACCAACCCGCCCGUGAGCUGGAGCACUGCGGCCUCCACCCCUCCAGGAAAUGUAACCAAGGAGACAACCACUUCUGUUGUUACUACCACCAAAUCUUUACCUUUGGAUCAAGUCACACUUGUUUAUGAUCAGCAAGAGGUUGAAGCUAUUUUCUUGGUGAUCUUGGUAGUUGUCAUAAUAGGAGAGUUUUUUAGUGCCUCUUCCGUCACGAUUGUGGACACAGUAACACUGCAGUAUCUGGGGAAACACAGAGACCGCUAUGGACUGCAGCGUAUGUGGGGCUCCCUGGGGUGGGGCCUGGCGAUGCUGUCUGUGGGCAUCGGGAUUGACUACACCCACAUAGAAGUGCUCGUUGAUGGCAAGGGGUGUAAACCCCCUGAGUACCGGAACUACCAGAUCGUCUUCAUCGUCUUUGGUGUCCUGAUGACCAUAGCCUUGAUUGUGGCUACCCAGUUCCGGUUCCGCUAUAACCAUUUCAAUAGUAGUGAAAACAAAGGGAAAGAGGUGGAGAUCCCUCAGGUGGAGAGGAACAGCUCCACAGAGUCCUCCGAGGAGACCCCCACCACCGCAAGCCACUCGCAGGCCUUCAACUUUUGGGACUUAAUCAGACUGCUUUGUGGCGUGCAGUAUGGCUCAGUGUUGUUUGUGGCGUGGUUUAUGGGUUUUGGAUAUGGCUUCGUGUUCACCUUUCUCUACUGGCAUUUGGAGGACCUGAAUGGAACCACAACCCUCUUUGGGGUCUGUUCAGUCCUGAGUCAUGUAUCCGAGUUGACAGCUUACUUUUUUAGUCACAAGCUGAUUGAAUUGAUUGGCCACAUCAGGGUUCUGUACAUUGGCCUGGCCUGCAAUACUGCUCGCUAUAUUUAUAUUUCCUACCUGGAAAAUGCCUGGACAGUUCUCCCCAUGGAAGUUCUUCAAGGAGUGACCCACGCAGCUAUCUGGGCAGCAUGCAUUUCUUACCUCAGUGCGGCGGUCCCCCCGGAGCUGAGGACGUCGGCCCAGGGCAUCCUGCAGGGCCUUCACCUGGGCUUGGGCAGGGGCUGCGGAGCCAUGAUUGGAGGCGUGUUAGUCAACUAUUUCGGGGCUGCUGCAACCUUCCGAGGCAUUGGCAUGGCUUGCCUGGUCAUCCUACUGCUCUUUUCCCUGAUCCAGUGGUUGGCAGUGCCGGGUGAGGAAGAAGACAAGACAAUGUUGGCAGAAAGGAUUCCUGUUCCCUCAAGUCCUGUUCCCAUAGCAACCAUUGACUUGGUUCAGCAACAGACAGAAGAUGUAAUGUCACGAAUCGAGCCCAGACUUCCACCUAAGAAAACCAAGCACCAGGAAGAACAGGAGGAUGUAAACAAGCCGGCCUGGGGGGUCAGCUCCUCUCCCUGGGUGACCUUUGUCUAUGCACUCUACCAAAUUAAAGAGAUGAUACAGCUGACAAGAGAAAACCGAGCUUCUGAAAUACAGCCUCUACAGGGGACCAGUGAGAAUAGGGAAAACUCCCCAGCCAGUGGAGUGCGGCCUGUCCCUGGUGAGACUCAUUCUGCCCCAUCUAUAAGUCAGCCACCCCCUCCAGCGGCACCUCCGACGCAGAGCAGCCCAGCUCACCCGGGUGUGGCGCAGCACGCGGAGGAGAGCGGGGGCCAGCAGUCUCCUGCCGAAGGAGGACACUGAGUGGCCUGCUCCCCUCACAACUUCAUGGAAUGGCUUCUCUGCCGGGACAGGAGAGGCGUGAGCCCCGGACACGCCUCACGUAAGGAGCAUGGCGCCACCUUCGCUUCUAAACACCUGAAUUCAUCAUUACCAUGGAAACACACACAUGCCACCCAGGAGUUACAGUACACAUUGGCAGAAGCAAGGGAACUUCGUGAUCCCACAGGAACCCCAGACGGGAAUGAAGUGCAGAGAGGACUUGAGUUCUCCAUCGGUGAGGCUGACGAUGGACUUCUCCGUCAGUGCAGAAAGGGCGUUGAAACCAGCAGAUAUACUAAGUGGAGGGAAAGGAAGUGUUGCAAGUAUUGCAAGGUGACAGCUGAUCUGAUUUCCCUCUUCUCAUUAUUUAUUCUAAUUAUUUGGCUGUUAAUGUAAGAAGAAAGAGAAUCUAUAGUUUUUUUUUUUCUGAAGAGAUUAAAGUUACAAGACAUUAAAAAGUAACCAGAUAGAAGUUUGUAGCAUAUACGCUUUUGUUUUGUUUUUUUUUUUUUAGUUUCGUCAGAAACUUGGCAUAUCUUUAGCAAAUAUAUUUUUAUAUGUGUAUGGUGUAUAAUGAAAACAGUCAAUUCUUUCAGCAGCAAAAGCUGUUACAGACUACCACAAGCUAAGCUGAGCUUUAAAAUGCCUUUUGUUUUAAAUGGGCUUUAAGACCAGUGGAGGGAAUAUUUCAGACCAACCCACCAACUCAGUACCUGGUGGCUUGAUAUAGCUAAGGCUUUACUAAAGAUAUGGAUACUGUAAAUAGUCCUUGUCACUAUUCAUAAUUUUAUAGUGAUUUGGGCUGCAGCUAGUUGAUGGAAUAAAACAAAAACUAUCACUGAAUUCCUAAGGGUUUCUUUAAUUAAGCAGUACUAUUUACAAAUAACAGUAUAAGAUAUAAGUGCCUGGGGGAGGGAUGUGAUUUUUAGAAGUGACAGAAUAGGUCAGUUUUGUUUUGUUUUUGGUGAGGGGAAAGGUGGUGAUAGGAAACCAGGAAUAGAAAGGAGGGGACUAAGAAGCAACUAUACUUUCCAAUGACUAAGGGAACAAAUCUCAUUAACUUCUUUCCCAUGGAAACACGGUCAGACACUGGACAGUCCAGACAUGGGUAAGCUACUGUAAAGAUUACAACUACUGCUAGAACAAUGGCUGGGUGAAACACGCAUAAAGCUUGCUGCUAAAAUGAAAGUUGAGGUUGACAGGAAGCCUUGAGGGAGGGAUGUGGAAACGGUAACACUGCUUCAGCUGAAUGGAGGUCAGUUGUAGUGGGUGUAAUAGCUGUGGAUGAGCACAGGAAAGAGGAAAGAACAGUUAGAAACAAGCAACUCACCUUGCCCCUGACCCUGGUUAGACAGGAUCAAGUGUAAAGUGAGGACUUCUCCAUGACACCAAACUUCUGAAUGUCAUGGGAUAGAGCACCAAAUUGCAUCUGGGAGAAGAUACUCUACACUUGAACAUUGAGCUUCACCACAAAACACAGCUUAAAAGUCAAAUUACAGGAAGAAAUAGAAUUAAGCAAAUAGUUAUUUUUGCACUUGAACUGAAACGUACUGUACUGUAAAUUAUCAUGACUCAUUUUAAGUGACCUUUAAAAUCAGAUGUAUUUAUUAUGCUUAUGUAAUUAUAGAAAUAAAGAGAUGGGUGACAGGCUGAACCUCACCUAUGAAUGUA